UCAUGAUGUCAUUUUCUUGUGACUAAAAAGUGAUUAGUCACAUGGCAUUUAUGACUCAGGUCAUUGGCUCCAAAUUGGCUAAAGUUCCUUGUCUGAACUGAAGGCCCACGAGAGCAUGCAGGUCAGGCCGCUCAUAGUUUGUUCACUGAGCGGUUGAUGCACAUUACACACAAAAACACCAAGCACUGGCUGAAAUCACUGCAUCCAGUCUGAUCGCCGGCUGGGAACAAAGUCGUGUUAAGAUGGUACAACACUGAUACAGUGAGCACUGUGGAAGAACAAAUCUGCCAAAGUUUGCAAGGAGAGGGAUAUGGCUCAAGAGACCAAUCAGACACAAGUGCCUUUGCUCUGUUCUAAUGGUUGUGGGUUUUACGGGAACCCACGUAAUAACGGCAUGUGCUCGGUGUGCCACAAAGACUCCUUGCACCGGCAGAACAACAGCGGCAGGUCCAGCGAUUCAGUGUCUUCCAGCAUUAGCAGUAAAGGAGAAUCUAUGACUGUACAAUCGACGUCACAGCAUGAACAAAACAGUCAGUGUUUCUCAACAACAGCAACACCAGCAGCAGCAGCAGCAGUUACACACAAAGACAGUGCUUCAGCAGCAGCUCAAUCAGGCCUGAAAGCACCAGAAGUAUCGUGCAGUAAACUGGUGAGAAACAUCCAGGAGUCCACGGCAGGUAGCUCAUCAGCGGAGGAGUGCACAGUUAGAGGAAAGAGGAAGCUGGAUGAAACUUGUCAACCCAUAGAAAGAGUGUCUGCCUCAGAUGUCUCAGAUCAAACAUCAGAUGUACCAGAGCAAUCUAGACCUAAGAAGAACCGCUGCUUCACUUGCCGCAAGAAAGUCGGGCUCACUGGCUUUGACUGCCGGUGCGGACACUUUUUUUGCAGCAUUCACAGAUACUCAGAUGUUCACAACUGUAGCUUUAAUUACAAGGCUGAUGCAGCUGAGAAAAUAAGGAAGGAAAACCCGCUUAUCGUCGGGGAGAAAAUCAAGAAGAUUUGAGCUGAAGAUUGCAAAGAUGCUUUUUUUUUACUCUUUUCCUUGAAACCUUGAAUUGUGCAUGCUACAAUGAAACGCAUACGCAAAUUGAUUUUGUCCCUUUGUUUCAUUUUACCUCUCAAAUUAUUUACUUACAAAAUACUGUGGUAUGUAAACAGCAAAAUAUUUAUAUAAUUAGUAAUUUAAUUUGCAUUAAUAAAUGGGUUUUAGCUCUCAUAUGCUGAGGCGACCCGGGUGA